AGAAAGGUAACGAAUUCGGACAAUAGUUAAUUGCGCAAGUCUACGAUAGAAAAAGCACGUGAAUCAUCGGCAUUUCAUCCUGUCAUUUGUAUUUUAAGCCGACCUCUACAUAGAAAUAGCAACCAGCCAAGCCGAGCGCCCGAGCAUGUGAAAAUGUAGCGCCAGGUUCGAUGCCACUUAGCCAAAAUUUAAUUAAUUUGAUGUAAAGUAAAUAUGGCUGUUUCAUUUUAUCCAUAUCCGUAACAUAAAAUCUGAUUUUAAUUUCUAUGACUAGCAUCGCUAAAACCCAAUAUGCCAUGGAUUACAGACGGAAGCACGUUCGAUAUGCUGUCUUGGAUUAUCAUCAUCUUCUUUAUUUCACUAUUCUUCUAUCUCGACGUGAGACGAGCCAUGCAGCGCUUCAGCAGCGUGGUCGACAGCACCCUUCAGGAGGAGGACGACCCAGCCGACUCGGUCCGCAUGUCGUCCCGACGCGGCCUGCAUGUCGUCAUCCCGCCACGAGCCGGCCCAGGUGACGGGGCCGGGGUGGCCGGGCAGCCGUUCCGACCGACCUCGCCGAACGUGGCCUCGGGCGGCGGCUCCGUGUCGCCGCGGCCUGCAGGAAUGGCCAGGCCGUCGAGGAGCCGCCGAAACACGGUCGGCUCUCCGCUGGGCGACCUGAGCGAGCUGGUGACCCGCUCCGCCGUAGACGCCUCGGUAGUGAAGGCGCUCAUGUCUGGCUCGGUGGCUCCCAACGAGCACUCGGCCCCGUACGAGCUCCCCUACUACCCGAUCGAACAGAUCGAGACCAAGCUGGCCAUGCAGAAACAUCUCAGCGAAAGGCUGCUGAGUGACCAGCUGGCCAGUCGGAGGGCCGACCGGCCCGGUCAGGAAGCGGAGGAGGAAGCCGCCACCGAGCCGGGAGACUACGUGCCGCAGUUCCAGAGGGUACUCAUCGCCGGAGAGGACUCCAUCGAGGUAACGACUGAGGACAUCCAGAACGCCUCUCAGAUGCUGGUGCGGGCACUGGCCAUCCGCGAACAGUAUAUGUCCGUGUCACAGCAGUCGUUCCCGGCCACGGCGGCCCGAUUUCUGCGCACCGUACCGGCCACCGCCACACAACAGCACGGAGUGAAGACGCACGUUCACGAGCAUUCUGUGCACGCGCCGGGCACCGACGACCCGUGGGCCGUCGAGUUCCCGCCCGCCGCCGAGUACACGUGCCGGAUGAGCGGCGGGGUCUACCACGUCUACAAUAGCGACGGGACGCUGCGAGACUACGCCUACCAGGACAUCGACAAGUUCUUCGACGACUUCCGGUUUAUGUGCACCAUCAUCGCGGACGGACCGCUGAAGUCAUUCUGCUACCGGCGCUUGUCGUAUCUCACCUCCAAGUUCCAGCUACACGUGCUGCUGAACGAACUCCGGGAGUUGGCCGCGCAGAAGGCGGUGCCCCACAGGGACUUUUACAAUGUCCGCAAGGUGGACACGCACAUUCAUGCGUCGAGCUGUAUGAACCAAAAACAUCUGCUGCGCUUCAUCAAGAAAAUGGUAAAAACAAACAGCGAAGAGAUCGUCUGCGUCAACAAGGGCAAGGCGAUGACGCUCAAGGAAGUGUUCGAAAGCCUGGGCCUGACGCCGUACGAGCUCAACGUCGAUAUGCUGGACGUCCAUGCGGAUCGGAAUACGUUUCACCGGUUCGACAAGUUCAACGCCAAGUACAACCCGGUGGGUGAGAGUCGACUUCGAGAGGUGUUCCUGAAGACGGACAACCACAUUAACGGCAGGUACUUCGCCGACAUCAUCAAGGAGGUGUGCGCGGACCUGGAGGAGAGCAAGUACCAGUCGGCCGAGCUGAGACUCUCCAUCUACGGCCGCUCGGAAGACGAAUGGGACAAGCUGGCCAAGUGGGCCGUCCACAACAACGUCUACUCGGACAACGUCCGCUGGCUCGUCCAGGUGCCCAGGCUCUACGACAUCUACCGCUCUAACAAGCUGGUGAAAAACUUCGGCGAGAUCAUAAGCUACAUAUUCAAGCCUCUCUUCGAGGUGUCCAUCAACCCGAAGUCUCACCCAGAACUGCACCUUUUCCUGUCGCAUGUGGCUGGUUUCGACUCGGUCGAUGACGAGAGCAAGCCGGAGAUGACUGUGUUUGACCGGGACGCCCCUCUGCCGGAGGACUGGACCCAAGCCGAGAACCCGCCCUACGCCUACUACAUCUACUACACGUUCGCCAACCUCACCGCCCUCAACGCACUUCGCGAGGAGCGCGGCAUGAACACAUUCGUGUUCCGUCCGCACUGCGGCGAGGCCGGCGCCGUCAACCACAUGGUCUGCGCCUUCAUGAUGGCUGAGUCCAUCAACCACGGCCUGGCGCUCCGCAAGGUACCGGUGCUCCAGUAUCUGUACUACCUGGCAGAGAUCGGUCUGGCCAUGUCGCCGCUCAGCAACAACUCUCUGUUCCUGAACUACCACCGUAACCCGCUACCCGAGUACCUGGCGCGAGGUCUGAACGUCAGCCUGUCCACCGACGACCCGCUGCAGUUUCACUUCACCAAGGAGCCGCUUAUGGAGGAGUUCAGCAUCGCCGCCCAGGUGUGGAAGCUGAGCUCGACCGACAUGUCCGAGCUGUGCCGCAACUCGGUGCUCCAGUCGGGCUUCCCGCACGAGACCAAGCAGCACUGGCUGGGGCCCAACUACACACGCGAGGGUGUGGCCGGGAACGACGUGACGCGCACCAACCUGCCCGACAUCCGGGUGUCGUACCGCUACGAGACGCUGCUCGAGGAGCUGGCCACCGUGUUUCAGGAGGUGACGCCCGACCCGGUGGAGGAGCAGACGCAGCCGCGGCCUGCCGCCGAGCCGGCCGUGCAGCGCUGAGCAGGACAGUCGCCGGUGGAGCCGAUAGGCAGCCGCAGUCAGCAGCCGCUGGAAGGCGGGGAUAUCGUGUCUCUACGGUCGCAGCAGACCGGAGCUCUGAGAGUCGCCGAAAUCCGAUAACCAGCCGAGACCGUAGCGUGAAGGCUACUGAAGGAGAGCCAAGUCGCACGGCACGCUAGAAUAUGCCUUGUUGGUGCUACGGGACGGUACCUAGUGCUUACAUUAUACGACCGUCCCACUACGACUGUGCUGUAGUCCAUAGCCCGCCCUUCCUGCGGAAGGCAACUAGUCAAUCAUGCAAGUAACGGACACUCGACGCCAUGCUGUAAUUGUUUGGAUUGUAGCUAUGUAGCGCCCUUCCACGGAUCGAACCUGCAAGUGAUGACAAUAUUCAGUCACGUUUUGUACCGCGAUGACGGAUUGCAAUGGAGUUACCCAUAUAUGCUAAAAAGCGGCAAUCGUACUGAAAGAGGCAAGAAACACGAGACAAACAUCGAACAUGCAUACGCAAAACUAUAAAUAAGGGUACUACGCGCAUGCAGAUGUACGAAUACAAAGGUCUGAACCGA